ACAAAACACAAAACAUUUGGCAAUGUAUUGAAAAUAUGGCGAAAAUAUAAUUAAUUUAAACAACAAUUAAUUGAAUUCAUGAAUAUAUCACUCAUUGUGUGUGUUAUCAGUGAAUGCAUUGUUUGUGUCACGAGUGUCACCACUCAGUGAUGACCACUUCUCCAGACAAUUGAUCCCAAUUUCGGUGAUUUACUUGUGUUGAGACGCUUUUAGCUCAAGAAUUGAUUGAUUGAUCGGUGAAUGAGUUGUUAUGGUCUGAGAUGUCACUGAAUGAGAUCAGUCUGGAGAAGAAGUUGGCAGUUGUGACCAAUUCUCAGGACAGUAUCCAAGGUCUCUCACUUUGGAUCCUUCACCACAAGACUCACUACAAGAGGAUUAUUCACAUUUGGUUUAAUUGCUUCCACAAAGCCAAAUCGAGCCAUCGAUUGACACUCUUUUAUUUGGCAAACGAUGUCAUACAACACGCCAAACGCAAGGGUUUCCCACAACUCGUGGAUCACUUUGCAGAUUAUCUCAAGAAAGCCACCGCUCUUUGCAUAGAGGAUAAGAUCAGUGCAUCCAUUGAUCGCGUGUUCAACAUAUGGCUCGAGAGGAAUAUCUACAGCGAAGAGCUGAUCGAAGAGCUGAGGGGUUUGUUGUCGGGAAAGAGCGUGCAUUUGGCCGCUGUGUCGAAAAUUGUGGCCGAAUUCAAACUCUCGGAACUGAUCGACAAGAUUAAGAAGACCAAGAAGUCUGAACAGACGAGUGCAUCGAAGUUGGAGUCUCUGGUGAACUGCAAAGUGGACGCAACCAGUGGUGAAGUGUUGAACAAAUUGAAGGACAAAACACACGGCGAACAGUUCAGCCGUGACUUCGACGACGCGACCAAAUGUCUGGAAGCGGUCAUCAAUUCGCUCGAGAAAGAGGUCCACACGAGAAGCGAUUUAAUCGAAAGCCUCGAAAAGAGUGAAAUCUUUUACGAGACUCAGAUGGAAGAGGCGAAGACAGUGGUCGACGCCUACAAGAACUUCGGUCUCCGAGUGAAGAAUGUGUGGCGAAAGCUAGAAGAGAGUCGGAGUUCGCUUCCCAGUCCUCUGCCAUCGCCUCCGAGAGACGCGCCGUCGCCGACCAACUCAGACGACGGGCCGACUUUGCCUCAAAUGGAUGUCUUCACGACUGAUGUGAACGCUUUCCUCAGACGUGUGGUCUCUGAUUCGUCGAAAGGAGUGCACCAAACGGCCAGUUCUCUCGACCAGAGACUAUCAAAUCUGAUGCACAUCAAGUGA